AUGGAAGUCCAUGACACCAGGAGCUCCUCCAACGAUCUGUCCAGCGCACCACCGAGCGAUGCCGAGACUACUCCUGGCCCUUUGAACUACGUCUCUGCGCAUCGCGACAUGGGCGCAGCAGGCAACCUUGGUGUUGCAAACAGCUUCGCUGGCCGACAGACGCAAGGCAGUCCAGGUGCAGGUUCAGGUGCAUCACCAGCCACAGCUGCAGGCACACGCCAAGACCAUGGCGCAGUCGCGCCAGCGCAGCCCGUCAGGAGACCCCGAAAGAAGCGAGAUACCGACACAACCGAAGAGAAGAGACAACGACUUUCUCGCAAGCCCCGAGGAACCGCGACUGCUACUACAAGUACAGGCUUACGCAAGAAGACCGCAAUAGAGCCGCUAGAACAAAACAGCACUGUUUUCAUCCCCCGUCAGAGUUCGGGCCUGCAGACAUCCACUCUGAUUCAACCAGUUUCCUUCUCCCCUCCAAAACCCGCCGAGGGCCGCCGAGAUGAAGCCGCCAAGUUUACCCAAUCUGGCCUCACGAUGCACAAACCACCGAUGCGUUCUCUCACGCCUCCCCAUCAGAUCCGGGAAUACAUACCUGACUAUUCGAGACCCGUUAGUAACUCACAAGCCCAGGCUCCGGCUCCGGCUCCAGCUCCGGCACCUCCUUUUCCUCCUCCUCCUCCUCAACCCUCCACUCCGCGCUCCACGAGCAUGUACGACCCCAUCAGAUCUGUCCAGCGACCCGUUGACACCAAUCCACCACCUACCCACCCAAUCCAACCCACCGUCACUCCUCCAAGAUCGGCCUACAAUCCAAGCACAUCUCCGACCAUCUCCAACAUAAUCGAUCACCCUCCGCAAACCGACCUUCCCACCGCUACAACCGUUGUUACGCAUCAUAUAAAGGCUGAGCCUUCUUACGAUCAGGCCAAUGGCAGGGUGGUCGACUCGCCAAGGAUAAAUGGCAGUUCAAUGGCAAUGGAUGCAACAACAGAUGCAACAAUGGAUGAUGCUGACCGCGUUGUACCCGAUCAAGUUCAGCCCAAAAAAUCCACGUCUUCGAGAAAAGCACCCUCGGAAGCGUCCACUCGCCCCGCCUCUCCGAAGCCUGCGCGGUCAAAAGAGCAGCCGCCUCCUCCGUCCAUGGGUUCUGGACUUUUGUCGGCCAGUCUGUUCGGCGGUGAUUCGGGUAGUGACAUGCCAAAGGGCUCGGAAAAAGGCCCCAACAUCGUGCUGCAUAUCGACCUGAAAGACCCUAAUAACCGAGUUAUCAACUUUGCCCGUAUGGCCGAGGAAAAGUACGGCUUUGCAGCCUUGUACCCUCGUCAAGCCGCCCAAAAAGAACGACUGGCCAAGAUUGCCGCUGCUGGAGCUGCGCUGGAAAGGUCAGCGUCAGGCAGCAAAUUCGGAGGCACAUCGGCGGGAGACAGCGGCGAUGAAGAUCUCAGCGUUGACAUUGAGCGUGAGUCGGACAACGACCGGGACGUAGCAAUGUCUGGAAUCAAUGACGGAGGAGAGCCAGCUAACAGCGGGACCGACGGCCCGGGGCCAAAACGUCGGCGGCGAAGAAAGGUGGAGGAGUAUGAUCAGGACGACCCCUUUGUUGACGACAGCGAAUUACUCUGGGAAGCGCAAGCAGCGGCUAGUAAGGACGGCUUCUUUGUCUAUUGUGGACCGCUGGUACCAGAGGGCGAAAAACCGGCCGUCGAGAGGGCGGAUGGCACCAUCAAACGGGGUCGUGGCCGAGGCCGAGGUGGUGGUCCUGGAUCUCGCGGCGGAAGAGGAGGUGCUGGGACUUCUGAAAGAACCUCGGGGAGAGGCGGAGGGCCUGGUUCUCGAGGAGGAGGGAUUACACGAAAGCCUCGAAUUACGAAAGACGACCGAGCACAAAUGGAGAGAGAGAAGCUUCAACGAGAGAAGAUGGCGCCUCUGGUGGCCAAGCCCAGCGCAUAUCCUGGUUGA